AAGAGGGAGGGCUAAGGUCUCACCCACCACGGGGACAACGAUGGCUGCCAAUUCAGAAAAUGCACAGGGCAGUCUUGUUAUUAUCUAUGAAGAAGAUGCAGAGGAAUGGGCACUGUAUUUAAAAACAAUUUUCAAGCAUGUCUUAUCAGACAGAAUCUUGCUUUACAACAUGGGAUCUCCAUCCAUUCACCACCUGGAAUUGCCAUCCCUGGGCUCUUACAGAUGUAAACUGCUAAUACUUUCAAGUGGACUUGUUAACUGUCUGAACAAAAAGAAAAGAUGUUUUCUGGACAAGAUCCUUCAGCCUCCUGAAAGGGUGGUUGUUUUGCUUUGUGGGAUUGAAAGUUCAGACACUAUCUAUCAAAUCUUGAAUUUAGACCCACACAAUCAGUUGAUUACCACUAAUCAUGAUCCAGAAGUCUACCUUGCAGUGAUUACUGGCAUUAUUCAACAAGGACCGCAUGAGGCCUUGUCUGUGGAUUUUAAAAGGAGCUUAAAGCUAGAAAACCAUUGUGUGAAAACUGAGGCAACCUCUGAAACAUUAGAAACCCCAGCAGUUUUACUGUUGCCAACAAGGAUAUCAUGUGAGAAUCCUGGAGAAAUUUUCGUUCUUUUGAGAGACGAAGUUCCUGAUGACUCAGUGGUGAUUGAAUUUGUGACAGAGAACAAAUGGGUCAGGACUCAGCCACACUUUUGGAAUCAGAAGGUCAGGUAUAUGAAAGCUUUAGAUUUUCCUGCUGGCUUUGUAAACGUAAAUGUCUACUGUGAGGGAGUCCUUAAAGCUUCGACACAGAUUGAAUACUACACAGCCGUUGAGGAGAUUGAAAGCAUUCUUCAGAAAGUGGCUGAUCCAAUAGUCUUUGCUUGUCAGGCUUCCAAGUUUUCCUCUGCUGAGAAAGUGGACAAUCUUCUCACAUUCUUAUUUAAAAUUUCUCACAAUUUCAGUGCCUUUCCAAAUGAAGUCAUGGAUCGUCAUCGACAGACUGACUCACACUUGGAAGAGCUUCCCACUCUUCUCCACUGCGCAGCUAAAUUUGGAUUAAAGAAGCUUACUGCUCUUCUUCUCCAAUGUCCUGAGGCAAUUCGGGCUUGCAGGAUAGCCAAUAAGUACAGAGAAAACCCAGCAUGUAUUGCAGAAAAGUAUGGCUAUAAGGAGAUUCAGAAAAUCAUCACGGAAUUGUCAGUAAAAGAAGACAGCAAGGAAAGCAACAAUCAGGAGGAGGAGGAAGUUGAGACAGUAGAUGACACUUACAUGGUGAUGAUGAGCUCAGAAUCUCUCUGCAAUGGACUUUCAUUUGCUGCCAGGCCAAACCCAAGAGAACAGCCUGGAACCUACUGGAAAAUCCAGAAAGACUCAAGAGUGGUUGGUGAUGGAGAUGAACAGGAAAGAGAGACUAAAACAGGAGAAGAGGAAGAAGAAAAUGAAGUAGGGGGAAAUCCACAUUGCUCAAGUGAGGAGGAGGAGGCGGCUCCUGAAGGAAGCUGCAGAGAUGUGGUCUACCCUGAAAGGCCACCUUUGCCACCUCAAAUCCCACUUACCACCACAAGACAAGAUGAGGUUUUCAACUGGACCCCAGAAUGGGAAGCAGAGAAAGAACAAAAGAAAACCGAUGAGAUACACGAGGAGGAGAAAGAAGAAGGCGAAUCUGAGAAAUCAGAAGAGGAAGAUCCAUACAGCUCUGCUCUUGUGGAUGAUGGUGUGUAUGAUAUCAUUUUUGACGACGACAACAAAGAGCGAAGAAAAGGUGGCAGGUCCUUCAUUAUGAACCGGCCCCCAGCCCCUGCACCUCGUCCUUUAUUUGCACCUACAAAAGAGGAGAGCACUCCUUACAUAGCACAAGUUUUUCAGCAAAAGGCAACCAGAACUCAUGCUGGUAAUGAGAAGUUGCUGUGUGCUGCCAGAAAACCAGAUAGACCUCAAGGUGACAGGACCACAUACAGUACCGUCAAGCCAAGCAUCCCAUUGAGGCAAGAAGAGCUCAUCCUAUUGCAGGAGCAGGUGAAGAAGGGGAUACUUUCUGUGGAUGAAGCUGUGGAGAAAUUUAAAGAAUGGCAGAAUCACAGAAGUGGAUUAGAAGCGACCCAGCAGGAAAAAAUACGCCAGCUCAGAGACUCUAUUAUCAGGAAAAGACCGGAGGAGGAAAGCACGUAUGACAAAAUCACCAUUAUUCACCAUCCAGAUGUUCCCGUGGCAAGACGAAAAGCAAGUCUUAGUGCUGAAGGCAUUGUGUACACCCAUCCAUUUCCAAAGCAGACUCUGCUUUGAAACCCACCAGGGAAAGAGCAGGCAUCUCCGGAUAACAGAG